AUGGCCGAAUUUCUCGACGGGGAACCCCAAAGCAGGGAUUCCGUCGCGUUUUCGAUUACUGCUCUAAUUCUUGGGACCCGGCUGGCGUACCUCGUAAAGCGUCUGGAUGCUCCCUCGACGGCCCUUACGGGGCGGGUUAUCGUCCAGAAACCCCGGCAGGAGCCGAAAACGGAGAGAGAACGGCCUCGGCCGGCCCAAUUCGGGCUUAGGGGGACGGUAACGGACUGCUUUGGUCUCCACACGAACUUUGGGAUCUCAUCCCUUGAUCCGCGAACGUUUGCCGGUUCAGCGAGCGCGCACGGCAGCACAAAGAGCUACCCGGUCGAGCGAACAUCAGCUGUUGAGACGCGGAGAUUUAUGGGCGGGCCCAUUGAGCUAGAAUCCGACUGUUUGGACUUGCGUCCGCUUUACUCCUCCGCAUCGCCCGUCGCCCGCGACACUCAUUUAGUUUUUCGCCUCGAAUUCCGCGCAACGGGAUCGGGUGCGAUCGCGCGGCGACAUCGCCGAUUGUCCUCCGGCGAGAUUUAUCGUGGGAUUUUAGAAGCGCUUCGAGUAAGCGAUGACUGC